GAAGCUCAACAGAGGGUUGAACCGUAGAACUUGAGCAUCCACUGUGUACCUGCAGAAGCCUUUUUUUUUACCUGCGAGAACCAGCCGACCAGCCGCCGGCUGCCGCACGAUCACCGGACGCAAUGGAGACGCCGCCCCCAUGGAGAGUCCUCGAGUUCUACAGUGGCAUCGGCGGCAUGCGGUACUCGCUGACGGCGUCGGGCGUUCAAGCGGAGGUGGUGGAGGCGUUCGACAUCAACGACGUCGCCAACGACGUCUAUGAGCACAACUUCGGCCACCGCCCCUGCCAGGGAAACAUUCAAACACUUACUGCUAGUGACCUAGACAAGUACAAGGCACAUGCAUGGCUUCUUUCUCCUCCAUGUCAACCAUACACACGACAAGGACUUCAGAAGCAUUCAGCUGAUGCUCGAGCGUUUUCAUUCAUAAAGAUUCUUAACCUCAUGUCAAACAUGAGAUUUCCUCCACAGGUGUUAUUUGUGGAAAAUGUUGUCGGAUUUGAGGUGUCUGAUACGCAUGAUCAGUUGCUAGAGGUCCUCUCAAUUCUCAAUUUCAACACACAAGAAUUCAUCUUAAGCCCCUUACAGUUUGGUGUCCCAUAUUCUAGACCACGCUACUUCUGUUUGGCUAAACAGGAAUCCAUGUGUUUUCAAAAUGCAUCAGCGAAUAAAAAGUUGCUCUGGACACCUACAUGCCUAAAAUUCAACAGUACAACUCAGAAUAGCUAUGACCAGAAUGAAGAUGAGCUGGAAAUAGCAUGUAGGUCAAUAAAAGACUUCCUUGAAACACAAAGUAUCAAUAUUGGCGACCAGGAUUGUUCAGGCACCAUCUCUGCCUGUAAUCUUAAGGAGGCUGAUGGAUGCACUCCGAGCGAAACGGUUUCACAGGAUUAUAUAGUUCCACUAAACUUGAUUGAACGGUGGGGAAAUGCUAUGGAUAUUGUAUACCCAGAAUCAAAGCGGUGCUGUUGUUUUACUAAAAGUUAUUAUCGGUAUGUGAAGGGCACAGGCUCCCUACUGGCUACAUCCAAAAACCUCAAACCAAUUCCCAAAGAGAACCUUGAAAUUUCUUCACUGAAUGAGUUGAGGCUUCGAUUUUUCACCCCUAGAGAGGUCGCCAAUUUGCAUUCUUUUCCUUCGAGUUUCUGUUUUCCAGAUCACAUAAGCCUCAGACAACAGUAUGCUAUGCUGGGUAACAGUCUGAGCGUAGCGGUUGUGGCUCCUUUGCUGCACUAUCUGUUUUCUGAGAAAUAGAGAACUUCAAUUAGUUGGCAGGUGAUAUUCACAUAGCAGCACUUCGGACUGCCUUCUGAUAUUGGUCAAGAUCUUGCCGUACUUGAGUUUUGAGUACGAUAUGUUAUCCAUCACAUACUUUUUGCAUAGCUCUUUGCUUUGUUUUGGGUUUUGACCAUGCUCAUCCGAAAGAUUUUAAUGUUGCGUUACAGUUUCAUAGAGUUUGAGGAGAACCUAUUGUCAAUUUUCGCUGAUGAUGUAGCACAGUGAAUAGAAGGCUGCAUCCACGACAGCAUGCCAUGUACCAACGGGGCUCCCCCGCGGAUGUAGCCUACACCAUCAUCCUGGGAGGCUGCUGCUGUGUUUAUGUUGUCAAAUUGAAUGUUUUGAAUUGUAAUCUGAGCUAUGAUGAUAUUUAGGAUUUGUAUCUGUGAGCAUUUGCCUCAACUUUCAACGUGAACAAUUUACAUUUAACCCCCGUGAUAAAUAGCCAACAGUGCAGACAUCGAAUUA